UUCAUCUCGGUUGAUUUCACGACCUACGUGUUUCAUUUCAUAACCUACGUGUUUCAUUUCAUAACCCACGUUUUGCAUUUCCACACCUGCGUGGUUCAUUUCCUGCUCUACGUGCUCAAUUUCACCAUCUACGUGUUGCAUUUCACCAUCUACGCGGUUCAUUUCACGCUCUACGUGCUCAAUUUCGUAUCCUACGUGUUGCAUGUCACCACCUGCGUGGUUCAUGUCAUACGCUACGUGGCCAAUUUCAUAACAUCCGUGGUUCACUUCGCACUCUACGAGCUCAACGGCCCUGGCGCGGCCAUGCACCUCACUGGAG